GUUAUAAUAAUAACAAUAAAUUUAAUCGAUAAAUUAUUUUUUUAACAAAAUAAAAUUUUAAUGAUUAAAUUGUUUGUCAUCAAAAUGAUGAAAUUAAGAUUAUAUUGUAAAUUAACCUAUUAAGGUUUACAGUGAUAAUUAUUAAAUUUACCCUUAGAAGAGCUUUCUAAGAGCUCUUUUUUGUUUUUGCGAAUUCCAAGACCUUGAGAGUUGAGAGAGAGUCUUCAUCGUCACUCUCCCGCAGCCCACCAACUGAACUCUCUCAGACUAUUUAAAGCACUCAGAAUAUUUUAUAUAACCCCGACAAAAAGAAAGGCAGUGAGUAUGUGAGAAUCUGUGUGCGAAGCUCCCAUUCUCCUUCUCUUGAUAUUUAGAUUUCUCAAUUUCCAUUCCCUUUCAUCUCCCUUAGUUUCAUUGCUUCCUUUUCUUCCAUUUCUCAAUUCUUUUACAUUCUUUUAUAUUUAUAUUUUUACCUGCCAACCUUCCUUAGGCGUUUAAAGUUCAAUCACCAAGUUUUUGGUUAAUGGGUAAGCAAGCAAUCCAGGUGUUUGAUGACAAAAAGGAUGGAUUUUUCUCAAUCUCUGAUUUGGGUUAUCAAUGGAGUUUUCAAGACGGGCAAUAUCUUCCUGGUGGAUGUCUUUUUGCAAGCGUUAAUCAGGGCUUCCCAAAUUCCAGUAACAAUAGCAGCAUAAAAUCUCUGUACUCUGAUUUGUAUGUCAAGUAUUUGUCAUUUGUAGGGGUCCAAGAGGAGGAAGGGGCAUUUAAGAAGAAGGGCGGACUUAAGUUGAAGCUUAAGGUUAAAAAUCCUAUGCUGAUACGGUUAAUUAGUGGAGGGAUAGCUGGGGCUGUCUCAAGAACUGCCGUUGCUCCGCUGGAGACCAUAAGGACUAAUUUGAUGGUGGGAAGCAGUGGGCACACUACCGCUGAGGUGUUCCAUAAUAUAAUGAAUACUGAUGGAUGGAGGGGAUUGUUCAGAGGCAAUUUGGUUAAUGUGAUUCGAGUUGCCCCAAGCAAAGCCAUAGAGCUGUUUGCAUAUGACACUGUUAAUAAGAACUUGUCACCCAAGCCAGGGGAGCAACCUAAGCUUCCAAUUCCUGCUUCAUUAGUUGCUGGGGCCUGUGCUGGAGUUAGCUCAACUUUGGUCACGUAUCCACUUGAGUUGGUCAAGACUCGAUUAACCAUACAGAGGGGUAUUUAUAAUGGUAUAUUAGAUGCAUUCUUAAAAAUACUGCGAGAAGAGGGUCCUGCAGAACUGUAUAGAGGCCUUGCCCCUAGCCUGAUUGGAGUUAUACCAUAUGCUGCCACCAAUUACUGUGCUUACGACACAUUACGGAAAGCCUACCGUAAAGUUUUCAAGCAAGAGAAGAUUGGCAACAUUGAAACCCUUUUAAUUGGAUCGGCUGCCGGAGCUCUAUCCAGUAGUGCAACUUUCCCACUUGAGGUUGCACGCAAGCAUAUGCAGGUGGGAGCUCUCAGUGGAAGACAGGUUUACAAGAAUGUAAUUCAUACACUUGCAAGCAUAGUUGAGCAAGAAGGGAUCAAGGGUUUAUAUAAAGGGCUGGGUCCCAGCUGCAUGAAGUUGGUACCUGCAGCUGGGAUAGCUUUCAUGUGUUAUGAAGCAAGCAAGAGGAUACUGGUAGAGGAUGAUGAAGAACAAUAGAAGAGCCUGAGAACUAAAAUUCAUCUUUCAGUUUUCUCCAUUUUGAGGAUUUUUGUCCUGGACUUGGUCAAUAACCUUUUCAUUUGGAAGGUCGGAAAGUACAUUUAAUGGUUUUUCGUUCUCUCCUUUUGAUUAAAAGAUUGAUUCGAUCAAAUAAAUAGCAUUUUGAAGAGCCUUUCUUGC